AGCCUCCCUUCCUGACCUCAAACAAGGGUGAAACUUGCAAAUUAAAACGUACGCUAUCAUCUGACGAUAAUCAAGAAUCCGUCGGAUGCUUACAUUUCCUCUCCCAGUUGUCCAUCGACAAUUGCAACAAUGCAAUUGAUUUUCGCAGCUCGUCGGGGCCGCCGUGUCCUACAUCAGGUGGACCUCCAACAAAAGGCAACUCUAUCGACUCGUGCCCCAAUCGCUGUGAGCCAUGUCCGACGCGUAUUCCGUCUCGCAGACAACCGCGCUGCUGUUCCUUUGACCAGAAACGGGACAAAUACCCUAAAACAACUUGGCGCAGUGUCACAAAGAAAUCAAUAUGCUACUUCUACAACUACGUCUAGCGUUGCUCCCGGCGAUACUCCCGCACCUAAACGUCGUGGACGACCACCCAAAUCCGAUGGCGGGGAGACUCUGAAGCAGCGCAAGCCCAAGAAGAAGAAGGCCAAGAAGGUCAAGAAAGUCCGCAAGCUGUCUGAAGGAGCCCUAGAAAAGAGACGAGAGCAGAGACAGGCGCAAAAGGUCAAGGAUACGAUAAAGGAAUUGAUUGCGGAGGCGUUGAAGAAGGAAGAGCCGAAAUUGAGGAGUCCGAUUGCCUGGAAUCUGUUUGUUUCCGAGAAACUCAAGGGUGUUACUGAAUUGAACAAGGGCAGUGCUCUUCGUGAUAUCGCAGUCCAGUAUCGCCAGCUUCCUGAUUACCAGCGCGAGGCCUUGAACCAAGAAGCAGCGAAAUUGGGUGAAGAGAAUGAGAAGAAAUUAAAGGAAUGGAUCCAUUCGUACACUCCAUUACGAAUUAAACAAGCCAACGCCGCCCGCAAGCUACUCCCCAAGUAUAUGACAAAGCAUGAGAAGUCACCAAUCAUCAAAUUGAGUCAAAUCCCCGACGAUCGCCAAGUGAAGCGACCCGUCUCUGCGUUCUUGUGGUUUUUCAAGGAGCGCGUGGCUACUGGAGAAUACCGAGGUCUUCCCGUCAGAGAUAUCGCAGAGCGUGUCAAAGCCGACUGGGCCAAUACUACAGACAGUGAGAAACAGGUCUACUUGGCCAAAGCAGAGGAUGACCGGAAACGAUAUAUCACCGAAUACCGCGAGACUUACGGCGAAGAGCCAUUGUUUAUCAAGGAAGGAAACAGUAAGCAAAAAGCCGAGGGACAGGUUGAUCUGUAAACUCUUCUUGUUGUCUUUUUGUGUGAAGGAAGCUCAUUCAAUAGAAUGAGUGCUGGUGUUUGAGAUACCAAUAUCCCUUCUCAUGAUUUCUGAGUUUCUUGUCGCUUGUCUAUGUAUUGAUUGCUCUGUAUCUGUAUAUCUCGGUCGGAUGGGUUUGGUGUCUCGUUCUUUUGUCUCUUUUUCUUAUUGUACCACCCUGAAGGAAUGUACUUGUAUCUUGGGUUCGUGUUUAGACUCAAUUCAGGUUCGAUGCCUAGUAAACGUACAUGCCCAUGUACUCCUGUCAAGAUUACCUUGGAACCGGGGGUCUGAGAUCUCAAGAAACGGACGUCAAAGUUCAAAAUCUCAGAUUCGACAGCAACAUCCAGUUACAUGCAUGCAUGCAUGGCUGGUUUUCCGAUAUGCGCCUGUCUGAUCAUAAUGGCGGUGAAGGGGAUAUUCUGUAC